AUGUCUCCGUUUACGAAAUAUCUAUCUACUUUGUUUGUAGCGUAUCAAUCUUUCGCAAAGUUUGUGGCAUUUUUAAAAAAUUUUUUAACUGAAUAUUCUUUCUUCUUGUUUAUCUAUCUAUCUAUCUAUCUAUCUAUCUAUCUAUCUAUCUAUCUAUAUAUAUAUAUAUAUAUAUAUAUGUUGAUAUCGUCAUUUCUUAUUUUCCUCUCGUUUCUCUUUGUCCCCUUCUUUUUACUUUCUUUCUUUCUUUCAUUCAUUCAUUCUUUCUUUCUUUCUUUCCAUCAUUCGUCCUUUUUUUUUCGUCCUUUUUUUUUCGUCCUUUCUUUCGUCCUUUCUUUCUUUCGUCCUUUCUUUUUACGUUCUUUCUUUCUUUCGUCCUUUUUUUCUUUCGUCCUUUCUUUCUUUCGUCCUUUUUUUCUUUCGUCCUUUCGUUUUCCUUAUUUCUUUCUUUCUUUCUUUUUCUUUCUUUCUUUCUUUCUUAUUACGUUUUUUCUUUCUUUCUUUCUUUCUUUCUUUCUUUCUUUCUUUCUUUCUUUCUUUCUUUCAUUCAUUCUUUCUUUCUUUCUAUCAUUCUUUCUUUCUUUCGUCCUUUCAACCUUUAGUUCUUCUUUCGUCAUUUCUUUUUACGUUCUUUCGUUUUCUUUCUUUCGUUCUUUCUUUCUUUCUUUCUUUCAUUCAUUCUUUCUUUCUUUCCAUCGUUCUUUCUUUCUUUCUUUCGUCCUUUCUUUUUACGUUCUUUCGUUUUCUUACUUUCGUUCUUUCUUUUUACGUUCUUUCUUUCGUUCUUUCGUCCUUUCAUCCUUUAAUUCUUCUUUCUUUCUUUCUUUUUACGUUAUUCCGCUCCUUCUUUUUUUGUUUUUUCGUUCUUUCUUUUUACGUUUCUUCUUUCGUUCUUUCUUUCUUUCGUUCUUUCAUUUUACGUUCUUUCUUUCUACGUUCUUUAUUUCUCUCUUUCUUUUUACCUUCUUCUUUAUUUUAUUUUUUCCUCUGCUAAUAGUCUUUCUCCUUUCCCUAUGCAUUCUUCAUCUCUUAUUCGUUUUCUUCUUCGAACCUUCUUAA